UGGUGUCAUGUGACCUAGGCGGUGUGGCAUCAUGGCGGCGGGCAGCGAGCACAGUUGUGUAGCCCAGGCUCCCCAGCAGAUGCAUACUCCAGGAGCCCUCUGCCCUUCUGUGUGCUGAUGGUUCGUGCCACUGAGGCACAGCUCUAGCCCAGACUGAAGAUGCCACUUUUCUUCCGUAAGAAGAAACCCAGCGAUGAUGCUCGGAAGCGCCUUGAAUACCAAAUGUGCCUGGCAAAAGAAGCGGGUGCUGAUGACACUCUGGACAUAUCCAAAUGUGAGCUCUCAGAGGUUCCUUAUGGGGCCUUUGCAACUUGUAAAGUCUUGCAAAAAAAGGUGCUGAUUAUUCAUACGAAUAACCUGACAUCUUUAGUUCCAAAGUCCUGCAGCCUCCUGAGUCUCGUGACUCUGAAGGUUCUGGACCUGCAUGACAACCAGCUGGCAUCGCUUCCUGCUGAUAUCGGUCAGCUGGCAUCUCUUCAGGUCCUAAACCUCGAAAGAAACCUUUUAAGAUGUCUUCCACAAUCUAUAGGAGACCUUGCCCAGCUCCAGAUGCUCAAUGUGAAAGGUAACAAGCUGAAGGACCUGCCCGUGACCGUGAGCGGCCUGCGGAGCCUGCGCGCCCUGGACAUCAGUGGGAACGCGGUUGUGGAGCUGCCACGGGGGCUGGCGCACAUCCGCACACUGGAGACGCUGACCCUGGAUGCCUCUUCCAUGACCUACCCAUCACCUGACAUUUGCAGUGCAGGUACAGAGUCCAUUCAGCAGUUCCUCUGCAAAGAAUGUGGAAUUGCAUACUACCCCCCCGCUCAGUACCCGCUCCCUGCCCUGGAGAGUGAUGGAGGAGGAACGUCUGUGGAUGGGGUGGACAGGGCAGUGCAUAAGUACCUGGAGGAGGAGGGCGAGUGGCAGAACAAGUUCCUGGAUUAUGAGAAGAGGAAGGAACAGAAAAUGCAGGAGAAGCUGGAAUUUGAGCGGCGCUUGAGCAAGGGGCAGAGAGAGCAGGCUCUGCUGGUCCAGCAGCUCAACAGUCAGAAGGACGACAUACUGCAGACAGUGAGAGAGGACCAGAUGAGGCUGGAGGAGGGUCUGACCAAGCACCAGCGCUACCUCGAGGAGGAGCGCCUGAAGCUGCUGCAGCAGUUGAAGCAGGCAGAGCAGGGCAUUGCCAGCCGUAUCCAGAAGCUGCUGGAGGACAACCAGAGACAAAAACAAAGUUCAGACAUUCUGAAAUCCUUGGAGAAUGAGAGAAUAAGGAUGGAACAGCUGAUGGCAAUAACACAGGAGGAGACAGAGCAACUACGCAGAAAGGAAGUGGCCGCUGCCAUGCAACAAAUGCUGGCCGAGAGCUACAAGAACAAGCUCAUCCAGAUGACCAACGAGUCUCGUCGGCAAGACCUUGUCAACCAGGCCUGCUCCAGCCUAGCUGAGAUGGAUCAGAAGUUCCAGCAAAUCCUGGCUUGGCAGCAGCUGGAUCAGAACAAAGCUGUCAGUCAGAUCUUGCAGCAGAUUGAGAUGCAGAAAGCUGCCUUCGAAGCUCUCCAAGUGAAGAAGGAUCUUAUGCACAGGCAGAUCCGGAACCAGAUUAAAUUAAUAGAAACAGAGUUAUUGCAGCUGACACAGCUGGAGUUAAAGAGGCAAGAACUGGACACAGAGACGCUGCAGGGGGUGAUCACAGAGCAACGGCAGGCUCUUGGCUACCUGCUGCAGCAGCUGCUCAAGGAGAAGAAGCAAAGGGAGGAAGAGCUGCAGCAGAUACUGCUGGAAAUGGAAGCAAAGAGCGAAACCCAGCAGGAGAACUACUGGCUGAUCCAGUACCAGCGCCUGCUGAACCAGAAGCCGCUCUCGCUGAAGCUCCAGGAGGAGGGCUUGGAGCGGCCGCUGGUGACCCUGCUGACGGAGCUGGCUGCUGAGCAGUACGUGCCCAUCUUCGCCCACCACCGGGUGUCCUUGCGCGCCCUCGGCACCAUGAGCGCCAGCGACCUGCAGAAGAUUGGUGUGGCAGAGGCCGGCCUGCAGCGUGCCAUCCUCCAGCGGGCCCAGGAGAUCCUGGCUGUGGCCAAGACCAUCCCAGAGCUGCUGAGGACGGAGGACACCGAGGUCCCUGCAGCCCCAGAGCCCAGCGCUCCCUGGGAGGAGCCUCCGAGCCCUGUGGUCCCGACGGCUCCGCUGCUGCAGUGGGAUGAGAAGAGGUCGGAGUGCGUUGUCUGCAUGGAGCAGGAGACCCAGAUGGUUUUCCUGCCCUGUGGCCACGUCUGCUGCUGCCAGAGCUGCUGUGAGCAGCUGCUCACUUGUCCCCUGUGCCGCAGGGACAUCGCCCAGCGCAUCCGCAUCUUCCACAGUGGCUAGGGGCAGGGGGAAGGAGGACGAGGCUGCCCCCACUGCUGCUGCCAGCCCUGCCUGGGGUGACGCCCCUCUGCUGCUCCAUGUCAGUGUCAGGCACUCGCACCGUGAUCAGCACUGCCCUCCCCUGCAUGGCCUGGGCUGGCUGCAGCUGCACACGGGUGUCUCAGUGUCCCCCGUGUUCCCCGAUGGUUGCUCAGCCUCCCCCUUGGGUUCCUUCUUCACCUGCAUCCCCUCUCCUGCCUGCCCCUGCCCGCCCAGCAUCCUCUUGCCUGGCAGUGCUGGGGGAUGGAAGCGGGUGCCCCCGUGGCCCCUCUUUGCUGUGGAUGUGUUUGCCUCGGAGAUGCCCCUCGCUCAGCAGGGGCACAGCCAGUGCCAGCUCUGAAGCUGCUCCCUGCUGGGGCCGGGCACUGCCGGGCGCCUGCAUCGAGCACAGUGCCUGGAGUGGGAGAUGCUGGCAGUGCCCUGUGCCUGUGCCACAGCAGAGCUGUGGGGCUUUGCUCCAGUGACCCACAGGAGCCUGCCAGGGGCUGCAGGUGCCAGGGCAGCGUGAGGAGCUCCCUGACCCCUAAUUCAAGCUCCAGGACUCGAGGGCCUUGCCCUGGCCAGAGGAGCCCAGUGGGGUGCCGGAGCUGAAAAACACAUUGGAGCAGGAGCACGAGUCCAGCAAUGGGGGUGAGGGGCUGGGGCUGUGUCCAGCGCAGUCCCAGGUGCUUCCCUGCGCUGGUGGUAGGUAAAGCUUCAUCAGUAGGAAGGGUGAUCCCAGAGCAUCUUCCAUCUCCUGACCCUGAAGUAUGAGAUGCAGCGGUAAGCUUGGUCCCACCACGGCCCUUCCCCAGGAGAAGCUAUUAAAGAGCAGCUGGUUUCUGCUG